AACCUCCGACGUUUUGCAUCUCCAAGCAGCAUCGUCUCCUCCCCAGAUCCAUCAAUUCGUUCGGACCGCCCUUCUCGUGUCCCCGUUCCAAAGCGCGGCAGGCUGAGCGGUUCCGUCAGAUUUGAGUCGUCAUGAAUCCCGAGUAUGAUUACCUUUUCAAACUUCUGCUUAUCGGUGAUUCUGGUGUUGGAAAAUCAUGCUUGCUUCUCAGAUUUGCAGAUGAUUCAUAUCUGGACAGCUACAUCAGCACAAUUGGAGUUGACUUUAAAAUUAGGACAGUAGAGCAAGACGGGAAGACCAUAAAGCUUCAAAUUUGGGAUACUGCUGGACAAGAGCGCUUCAGGACAAUCACUAGCAGCUACUACCGCGGAGCUCACGGAAUCAUUAUUGUAUAUGACGUGACAGACCAAGAAAGCUUCAAUAAUGUGAAGCAAUGGUUAAACGAGAUUGACCGUUAUGCAAGUGACAAUGUUAACAAGCUCCUUGUUGGGAACAAGAGCGAUCUAACUGCUAACAAAGUUGUGGCAACCGAGACAGCAAAGGCGUUUGCUGAUGAGAUGGGCAUCCCAUUCAUGGAGACGAGUGCCAAAAACGCCAUCAAUGUGGAGCAGGCCUUCAUGGCUAUGGCUGCAUCCAUCAAGGACAGGAUGGCCAGCCAACCAGCUGCGGCUAACGCAAGGCCAGCGACCGUGCAGAUCCGCGGUCAACCCGUCAACCAGAAGACGUCUUGCUGCUCAUCCUAAGGUUGCCUGAUUUUUUUUUGUACUUUGUGUAAACUCAAACACACAACUACUACCUUUUGUGUGCGCUUGCAAAUGUAUUUGCAUUAUUUUCAGAAGACGCUGCUGAUAGCAUCUAUUCAUUGAUCGGACGAUUAGGGCUAGCUUGUCGAACUCCAUUUUUCCAAGGGAUUUCUAUUUUUCUAAGAGAAAUUAUUUUUAUUUUUUCUUAAAAAAAUAAGAUUUUUUUUGGAAAAAUGGAGUUACCAAACUAGCUAUUAGGGAGCUGCAAAUAUGUAAGCAGGUACUUGGUGCACUCUCGACUUUCCAUUCCUUUCUACCCUAUCAUACAGCUUCACCGUUUAUAAGCCACGAAUUGCAUUUGUGAAC